GUGCUGAGAAAAAAAGAAGGGAAAAAGGUCAAAAGAGGGGAAGGAAUGGCAACUGUGGACCAGAAGUGAGUAGAGGUGGGGGAAGUAGGGAGAAGGUUGGUGACACCCGUGGAAGGCAUUUCCAAAUGUCUCCCUGGGGACAAGCUCCUCUCCCUCCUCCUGCUUCAUCAGUGAGCACUUGGGGGUGGGGUUAGGGCAGAGGACGUGGGAAGAGAAAAGGAGACCCUCAGUGACCCCUGCUCUUAGACGAAGGGCGGCAUCAGACCCACAGUUCUGAGUUAAGGCCGCGGGAGCAGGGUUUCCAGAAAGAGUUGGAGGUGAAGCUGUGGGCCCCCUCCCCCAUUUGACGUCCCCCCACCCCAGGAAUAUUCCAUGGCAGUUAGGGGCCCUGUCCUGCUGAAUGUGUUGUUCUUUCCCAGAUCCCAGGCCCUGUGGUGGCCACUGCUCUGCCUGAUGAAAAUAUUUAAAUGAUGAAGGACAACUGACCCUGGCAAGGGAAGGGGGAGAUGGAGUGGAGGAUAGGAGAGUCAGGGGGUGCUCAAGAUGGGGACAGGGGACAUUAGGGAUGAGUUCCCUGGCUCAGGAGGAGAAAGCGAUGAGCAUCAGAAGCCUGGAAAGGGCUGGGAGGGCUGGGAAGCAGGAGGGGGUGGAGGUGAGCUGGGACGAGAUGAAGGGGUGCCGAAAUGCGUCUCCACCCCCGACAGUAACAGGCAGGUGACCAUGGGCCACCACGUGGAGCAUCGCUGGGUCUCUCCGAUGCCCCUGCAGUGGAGGAUUACACGUAGCUCUCGCUGGAUGUCGCAGGUGUUGGCCUCAGAGCUCAGCCUGAUCGCCUUCAUCCUGCUGCUGGUCAUGGUCUUCUCCAAGAAAUGGCUGUACCUCUCGAGGAUCCGUUUCUACCAGCACUGGCCCAUGAAUGUUAGCACCAAAAUCGACACGUCGGUUCACAUGAUGUCCCUGGGGCUCCUGCAGAUCUGCAAAUCCAAGAGCUGUUCCAACUCAGAGAAUGGGAAAGUUUUCUUCACUUUAUUCACCCUCAUACUGUUCCCUAUUAACGUCUGGAUCUUCGAGCUGAAGAAGAAUUUAUCAAUCCCCAUCAGCUGGAGCUAUUUCAUUGGUUGGCUGGUGUUUAUCCUAUAUGUCACCUGUGCGGCGCUCUGCUACUUCAACCAUACAAGGUCCUGGUGUCUGAUUCUGAGCCAUCCCUCUGGCACCGUGUCCUCCAGCAGCUCCGUACACCAAUCUGUGAAUGAGCAAGUAGCCUCAAACAUGGCUGUCGAUCAGGAGGAAGUCCUGGACCCUGAGUAAAAGAAGGCAUCUCUGUAAUCUUUUCUGAACUGGCGCCAAGUUCUGUCCAUUCAUUUGAAUCCCUCUCCCCAUCCUUCCCCCUGAACUCUUGAGUAGGUUGGCCCUCAUGACUGCAAGGAAUUAGAGAGGGAGGAUUUUAGGCCAGCUUUGCACACCUCUUCCUUGUUCCUGCCUUGCCUACAGCUGAGAUGAUGUGGAAUAAAUUGUCUGUCUCUUGUUUAUCACGUCCUGCAGUUGCUGAGACAAGACAAUAACUUGAAGAAGGAGAGGAAGGGAGAAAGAACAAGUUUGUUUCCCAGUUCUUCCCGCCUAUAGGGGCCCUUUGGUCCCCAAACCUGCCCAACCUCUCUCACAGCACACUGUGCACAGGCAAACACCUCUGGAGUGCUAAGCCUCUCUAAACUUUGUUUCCCCUAUCCCAGCAUUCGUUAUUAGUAGGUGGGGGAGUAAUCAGGAGAGAGAGAUAACUAAUGAACCUGCUGGUUUAUUUAUCGUGAAGGGUUCAGGGCAAAAUGGCUCCAGGGUAAGAAGCAGGAUA